AUGCACUCCGUCCGCCAGGCAUGCCGCCCGAAACACCAGGUGCUCGUCCUCAAGUGCUAUCCGCGCUUCCAAAAGGGCGUCCAGGUCGUCCGGCCAAACUCCUCUGAGCUCAGCUACCUGCUGCACUAUGCCAGCACCAGACGCAGCAAGCUCCUCAAGGUCGGCGCCUUUCUCGAGAAGCGCGCCGCCAGAGACGUCUGGAGGCAGAAGCUCGGAAAUGUACAGGUGACGAUGCAGCUGCUGGCGGCGCUGAUAGAGAAGCUGCCGCGAGACCUGCCUCUCUACGCCAGCUCCGUGCUCGCCAUCCUCGAUACCGUCCUGCACCACUCAAACGACAUUGCCAUGGUCGAGGAGACCAUCCCGACCUUCCAGGUGUUCUGCUCGCACCAGGACGCCACGGCCUUGUCGGCGGAUAUAGACUACAUCAACCAGUACCGUGACGUCGUGCGCAAGUACGCCAGCUUCACCUCGACCACCACAAACACUACGGCUACAGACCUGAGAUGGAGGAACGUAGGCCUUCAGGCCAUCAGAGCGGUCGUAGGCUCAGAGGCGCUCGGCGCAGACUGGUCACGGCAGCUCAACAUCGUCGUGCCCGUCAUACUACAGAGUCUCUACCAUUCGGGUGACCCGGGACUGCCGCAGCUCCAGCAGCGAGCCUUGUGCUCAGAGACUACGGAAAAGGAACACGCUCGCCGUCGACGCAUGAGCAUUGCUACCGUCCAGACCGUCGAUACAGUCGAAGCGGGGGAUCCGGAGUCGGCAGCGGGGACAGCCGCGGAUGCUGAUAAAGUGGCCGAGAUAGAGGCUCAGGUGCUUGCCCUACGCUGUCUCGAGAAGGUCUUUACCACCGGCAGCAACAGGCUACAGAUCCGUCUGGCCACCGCUCUCGUUCUCGAGUUCAUCGUCUCCCGCAACCUCCCCGGGCCAAGAACAGGUCCAGCUGGGCUACGGAACUUGCCUCAAA